AAUUUAGAAAUUCUCCCUCCUCUACCAAACCUUAGCUAAUAGAAUAAUGGAUUCUCUUCUUCCAUAUUUGGACAACAUCAUUGCUAUUCUUUUUGCUUUAUUUCUGAUCUUCUUUUACAAUAACCUUCUAAGGAAAACCCCAACUCCCAAAGGCAAACCGCCACCCCAACCAGGCGGCGCAUGGCCUUUAAUAGGCCAUCUGCCUCUAUUAUCAGGAUCCAAUCUUCCUCACGUAGCACUGGCUACUCUUGCUGACAAGUACGGUCCAGUCUUAACCAUAAGAAUAGGGUCAAAACCUGUUUUGGUGUUGAGUAAUUCGGAAAUGGCUAAGGAAUUAUUCACCGUCAAUGACUUGGCUGUGACUUCCCGUCCAUCUCUUGUAGCUGCAAAAUUUAUGGGCUACAAUUAUGCCUUUUUUCCUUUCACGCCUGCUGGUGGCCCAUAUUGGCGCCAAACCCGUAAAUUAUCCACCCUUGGACUGCUCUCUAACCGCCGUCUUGAGUUGCUCAAGCAUAUUAGAAUCCAGGAAGUUGAAGCUUCCAUAAAAGAGUUGCACAGAUCAUUAACUUCAACGAACAAAAAGACUGCCGAUAUUAAACAAUGGUUCUCCGAUUUAAAUCAUAAUGUCCUUCUUAGGAUGGUUAUAGGGAAGAAGUAUUUUGGUGAAGGUGGUUCCGGCGGCGAGAAAGAAGGGCGGCAGUUUCAGAAAGCAAUAUCGGUACUUUUUCAUUAUUUAGGGACGCUUGUUUUGAGAGACGCCGCUCCAUUUCUUGGAUGGAUGGAUUUGGGUGGACAUGAGAAGAAUAUGAAGAAAACUGCUAAAGAAUUGGAUGAGAUUCUUGAAAAAUGGCUUGAAGAGCAUAAAAGAAAGAGGUAUUUGAGCGAGGAGGAUAAAGGAGAGGAAGACUUCAUGGAUAUUAUGCUUUCAGAUGUUGAUGACAAAAGCCUUGAAGGUUUUGAUGCGGACACUGUCAACAAAGCUACAUGCUUGAGUUUGAUUGCUGGCAAUGAGACAGUAACAGUGGCCUUGACAUGGGCAAUGUCCCUACUACUAAACAACAAGCAAGCUUUACAAAAAGCUCUAGAAGAAUUAGACAUCCAUGUCGGGAGAAAAAGGCUUGUAAAUGCAACAGAUAUUGGCAACCUUGUUUAUCUCCAAGCCAUAUUCAAAGAAACCCUAAGGCUAUACCCACCAGCAUUAAUCCCAGGCCCCCGCCAAUUCACUGAAGACUGCACUAUCGGCGGCUAUCAUGUCCCGAAAGGCACUUGGCUUAUGCUCAAUCUCUGGAAAAUCCAAAGAGACCCUAAUGUAUGGCCAGACCCUCUGGAAUUCAGGCCUGAAAGGUUCCUUACGACUCAUAAAAAUGUUGAUGUUAGAGGCAAGAAUUUUGAGUUGUUGCCAUUUGGAGGUGGAAGAAGGGGUUGCCCUGCUGUAUCUUUUGGCCUGCAAAUGGCACAUUUGACAUUGGCAAGUUUAUUACAGGCUUUUGAAAUUUCAGUUCCUGGAAAUGAACCUGUUGAUAUGUCACCUGGUGUUGGGUUAACAAACAUGAAAAUUAGUCCUCUGGAAAUUGUUCUCUCUCCACGCCUGCCUCCGUCUUGUUUUGAAUAAUUAGAUGGAAGAAUUAAGAUGUAAAUUAGUGGGUCUUUGUGUUCAAAAUUAAAUUGUUAGCCUGUCAAAUUCAAUUAUCCAAGUAUAUGUUGUACUUACCAUAUUUGAUUUUCUAAAUAAAUUUUUA